AGAAGCGUUUUGCCGUCUCCGGCCAUCCUGAGGUUUUUCGACGGGUGCGACGCAUCACGUGGACGAGCAAAUGUUCAUCCGGUGCCGACGCUCCGUCUUGAUUCGCACAAAAUUUCGUUCUUAUACCCCCUCGAGCUCCCCUCCUUUUUCUUCCCUUCUUUCUUCUUACUCUUUCCCAGUCCUUCCUCCCCAAAAAGACAAACGCUUUUCACAAUGGCCUUCGGAAAGCUCUACGGUUCUGCCGACAACGGUCGCACCAUCGCCAUCCUCGUCGCGGCUAAGGCCAACGACGUUGAGUUGGAGCUGGUCCAGACUAAGCCUGACUCGACUGCUGAGUUCAACCAGUCUGCUGAGUACACCAAGCUCAGCCCCCUCGGCAAGGUCCCUGCUUUCGAGGGUGCCAAUGGUUACGCUCUCUCUGAGGCCAUUGCCAUUGCUGUCUACGUGACCUCCCAGAACGAGAAGACUACCCUGUUGGGUAAGACCAAGCAGGACUAUGCUUCCAUCCUCCGUUGGUUGUCCUUUGCCAACUCGGAGGUUCUCCCCCGCUUCGGUGCUUGGUACCGCCCUCUUUUGGGCAUCGACGCGUACAACAAGAAGAAUGUCGAGGAUGCCUCCAAGGCUGCCCUGAAGAACAUCGCCGUUCUUGAGAAGCACCUCACUGCCAACACAUUCCUCGUUGGCGAGCGUAUCACUCUGGCUGACAUCUUCGCUGCCGGUCUCCUCACCCGUGCCUUUGCCACCGUCUUGGACAAGAAGUUCCGUUCCGAGAACCCUGCUGUCACCCGUUGGUACCAGACCAUCAUUAACCAGCCCUACUUCAAGGCUAUUGUUGAGAACCCCGUCCUCGUUGACGAAGCCAUCAAGUACACCCCUCCCAAGAAGGAGGAGAAGCCCAAGAAGGAGGCUGCCCCCGCUGCCGCCCCCGCUACCGAGGAGAAGCCAGAGGCUGAGCCCAAGAAGGCCAAGCACCCUCUCGAGGCCCUGGGAAAGCCCACUUUCAUCCUUGACGACCUUAAACGUACUUAUUCCAACGAGGAUACCCGCCCCGUUGCUCUCCCUUGGUUCUGGCAGAACUUCAACGCCGAGGAGUACUCUUUGUGGAAGGUUGACUACAAGUAUGACAACGAGCUCAAGCUUACCUUCAUGGCCAACAACCUGAUCGGUGGUUUCCAUGCUCGUCUUGAGGCUUCCCGCAAGUACCUGUUCGGCGCUCAGUCCGUCUACGGUACCAACUACAACUGCGUUAUCCGCGGUGUCUUCCUGGUCCGUGGCCAGGACUUCAAACCCGCCUUCGAUGUCGCCCCCGACUGGGAGAGCUACAGCUUCGAGAAGCUCGACCACACCAAGGAGGAGGACCGCAAACUCGUUGAUGACUUGUGGGCUUGGGAUGCCCCCGUCGUCGUCGACGGCAAGGAGUACCCUUGGGUUGAUGGCCACGUCUUCAAAUAAAUUAGUGCAUUAGGUCCCGUGGCAGAUUUAUGAUGUUACGUGCUAAUUUCUUAUUGUCGGGUGGCCCUUUUCUACCUUUGGCCUUAAAAAAUUCUACCUCACUUUAUACCCUAGGGUGGGAGAGUAUGACGCUUCAGCACGCCAUGUGGUUCAGGUUUUCUGCAUCGUGCCGUCCGUUCAACUCUCUGCCCGAUCCAAAUCCCGUCUAAUGUCCAUGCUGUCCGCGACGGUUUAUUGUUUUCAAAACUCCUUUUUGAUCAUGUCACGCUUACGAAUUGAGAUGUUGGAUGAUGCAGUAGCUACCUAGUCUAGCGCUGAAUAGCACUUUGUGCUUAA